AUGAACCGGGGGACACCAUUCCACACAAGUUUAGUGGUCAAUACGCUGAAGACCAUGGACGAGCUGAACGAGAGAGCUGAUGGUUUUGUUCAUCUUGAGGAAGAAGAGGCAACUAAUUCAAGGAAGAUGUCAAUUAUUUCGACAGAAGAGAAGUCCAAAGCCAAGAUCCGAAUAGACCUACUACGCAUUCAAAUUGCUUAUGAAGAUCCACUAGUCGUCAGUCUAACAGUUGCAGAAUGCUUGGUUCAAAGAGUUCUGAUUAAUCCAGGAAGUAGUGCAAAUGUCAUGCCCAGAGUGACGUUCGACCGACUUAAGAUCAAACCCGAGAAACUUAAACCCACAGGAAAUCCAUUGCUCGGAUUUGAUGGGAAGCGGGUGGAGCCCAGUGGCAUGGUGGAAUUGACAGUCCAAGCUGCUGAGAGAGUUCUGAUUGAGAGUUUUGUGGUCGUGGAAAUUCAUCCAUCCUACAACCUCUUGAUGGGAAGAGGGUGGAUUCACAGAGUUCAGGGUGUCCCAUCAACCCUACAUCAAGUGAUGCGAUGCUUGGGUCCAGAUGGGACCAAGGUGAUUGACAUUCAUAGGGACCAGGUUGCAGCUAAAGAAUGUUAUUCAAUGACUUUGAAAUCUGCUGGAAAAGGGAAAAAUCCCAUCUGUUCUGCCAGUCCAAGAUAG